CCCUGCAUCGAGCUACAAAGCUACAACCUACAAGAGCACCACUAAAGAGAGAUCGAUAUACACAGCCCAUACGUACGUGCACUUCCACUGCCGGACUUGCACCGAAGCAAUGGCCACCAAAUCCACGGCUUGUUUCCCGGCGCUCUUCCUGGCGCUGAACCUGCUGCUGGUCGCCGGCGUCCGCGGCCAGGCCCCCGCGGGCGGCCGGAACCCGUGCCCGACGAACGCGCUGGCCGACCUCAAGGUGUGCGCCGACGUGCUGGUGCUGCUCAAGCUCAAGAUCAACGUGCCGGCCAACCAGCAGUGCUGCCCGUUGAUCGGGCAGCUCGUCAAGCUCGACGUCGCCGCCUGCCUCUGCGCCGCACUCAAGCUCAACGUCAUCGGCAUCCCUAUCAACCUGCCGCUCGACGUCCCCCUCGUCCUCAACUACUGCGGCCGCAACGCAACAGCCGCCGGCUCCAACUGCUCCUGAAGCAUAUAUACGCGCGGACAGAAUGCCCAUGCAUGCAUGCAUGAACUACCUACGUGCGUGCGUGCGUGCGUUAUUGGUGUUGCUUAAUUUACAUUCUCACAUGUAUGCCAUAGGUUUGUUGUAUCCCAAGAUGUUUCGUUGAUUGGCAUGCCGAUCGAUGAACAUCCCGAAGGGAAAUCACAAGAGUUGUUUGUGUUUUAUACUGCAAAUAAUAAACGUUCCUCCAGUUUGUCAACUGCAUGUGGCUGCUGAUUUCUCCGGUGUACGUC